AGCGUUUACCCCAACGACGACGAUGGUACCGCUCGGGGGCCCAGUUGGCCAUGGUGGCCAUCCGAUUCACAUGCCCACUCCGAUACAGACCGGUCCGCCACCUUCGCAGAGCCAGCACGCCCCAUCGAGCCAGAACCGGCAGUCAUUGUCCGUGAAACCAAAUUAUACCCUUAAAUUUACACUCGCCGGCCACACGAAGGCAGUCUCGGCGGUAAAGUUUAGCCCCAACGGUGAAUGGCUAGCAAGUUCAUCCGCCGAUAAGUUGAUCAAAAUCUGGGGCGCAUACGAUGGGAAGUUUGAGAAAACCAUUUCCGGGCACAAACUGGGGAUCAGCGAUGUGGCAUGGUCGAGCGAUAGCCGCCUAUUGGUGACGGCUAGUGACGACAAAACGCUCAAGAUCUGGGAGCUCAGCUCUGGCAAGUGUUUAAAGACGCUAAAAGGCCACACGAACUACGUGUUCUGCUGCAACUUUAACCCCCAGAGCAACCUGAUCGUCUCGGGAAGCUUCGACGAAUCGGUGCGAAUCUGGGACGUUCGGACGGGCAAGUGCCUCAAAACGUUGCCGGCCCAUUCCGAUCCGGUGUCGGCGGUGCAUUUUAAUCGCGACGGGUCUCUAAUCGUUUCGUCGAGCUACGAUGGGCUGUGCCGCAUCUGGGACACCGCCAGCGGCCAGUGUCUGAAGACUCUCAUCGAUGACGACAAUCCUCCGGUGUCGUUCGUAAAGUUCUCACCGAACGGCAAAUACAUUCUGGCGGCAACGCUGGACAAUACGCUCAAGCUGUGGGACUACUCGAAGGGCAAGUGUCUGAAGACGUACACCGGCCACCGGAACGAGAAGUACUGCAUUUUCGCCAACUUUUCCGUUACCGGCGGCAAGUGGAUCGUGUCGGGCAGCGAGGACAACAUGGUGUACAUCUGGAACCUGCAGAGCAAAGAGAUUGUCCAGACACUGCAGGGCCACACCGACACCGUACUCUGUACUGCGUGCCAUCCGACGGAGAAUAUUAUUGCAUCGGCAGCGCUGGAGAACGAUAAAACGAUAAAGCUUUGGAAGAGCGAUACAUAAACCCGAGCCGGAGAUCGCCGGCUCGUGCAGCGAACGGGCAAAGUUGAGCUAGUAUCGUUUGAGUACUAUGCCAGAAGCUAUCACAAUUCAGAUCCUACGACGGGCUCAACGCAGAAUUCAUCAUCGUGUGUGAACGGAAUUUAAUAAACUUACUAC